CCUCUUUCUUACCCCUUUCCUCUCCCUGCGACAUCCCCAACACCCUCUCCCUUCCCUCUCCAAGCCCCAUCUCUUCUUCCUACCAAAAUUCUCCCACCCCCAAUCCAACCCAGCUGCAACUCUGUUCACCACUCUCUACCAAAACCUCCGAAUCUCUUCUUAAAAUCUUCAAUUUCCCCAGCAUGCCUACUCACAAUCUGAUUCUUCAAGGAAGAUGGGAGCGGUUUCUUUGUCCUCCCAUGGUCUCCACCACCCAUAAGAGUAGUGAAGCCCCAUUGAGGAAGCAGAAAUAUCAUGGAAUGGAAGAAGAAGGGGCUAAAAUUUGUACCGCAGCUUUUAAAGGUGACAAGAUUCUUUAAAGCUUAGAUCGUUAAGGGAAGUAUGCUGGGGAAACCGACCAGGAGUGAAGGUGAGAUGUAUUCCUGGCCUUCGUCGAUAUUAUUCAGACGUUUUACGAGGGUAGUUUUCCCAGCACCAUCAAGGCCGAUAACCAACAGUGAGAGGGACUCCUAUUUUUCAAGACCUC